AUGAAUUCGAACGAGGAUAUGGAAGGCGGCGAUUACGGUUUCGAGGCUACAACGGCUCGUAUGCACGGCACCAUGUUUAUUUGGCGCGUGCGCAGAUUUUGUGCUACCAUGUUGGGCUUCCACACAGGAGUGCUCGAUCUUACCGGCAGACAUGAGUAUCGUUAUGCGUCCCUUUCGCGUCGGUGGGUAGACUGGGUCGUAGAUCUGCUGGAUUUAGAAAAGCACAGUAUCAGACAUGAGCGCCAGGUUGAGCCAGAGCCAUGGGAACGUAUGCUCGGGCAGGACGAGGUGGCCACCGAAGUGACCUUCGAUACCCCUUCGGAUAUAGCCAGCAAGUUCCUGGAGAAGUGGAAGAUUCCCAACGAAAGCUUUGACCUUGAAUGGCUGCUACCGAAAGUCAUGGUCCUGAUAAAGGAGAAUCCACGACCGAAACUCCAACGUUUAUGCCUCGCACAUCUCCCUCCCGAGCUUAUACAUCGCGUGAUGUACCUCGGAGGUGUGGACGUGGCACGCCGUUUGGGUGCGACGUCGUCAUUCUUCCAUCAAAUCGCGCUGCCACAUGCAUUCAAGUGGCGCACGUUCACCUUGACCUCUAUUAGCUCGAGUCGCGGAGCGCCUGAGGACUUGGUCACACUCACUGCUGCGCGCUGUCGUGAAAUCAUCGACCGAGCCCGCCGUCACCUGAUGGACAACAUCUCUUUCACUCUUUCCCAUCCUCAGAUCUUGCAGUCCAUUGAACACAUAUCCGUUCACCGGGGCUGGGACGCGGAGCUCAUGUUCGAAACAGCGAUCGACGACAUUCAUCAAGCUGCAGAAUUUUGGCGUCCAGUGCUGGAGAUGGUCGCGGAGUUGGUGACUGCGUGUCCGAAGCUGAAGAAGUUCUCCGCGUCUGGCAUAGUACUGCAAGGUCAGGCAUUGGAUUCGUUGUCUUCCGCCGCAAAGCUCCGGGGUGUCGAACUUAGGGCGUGCAUCCCAAUACUGUUACCGCAGUCUCAACCUAUUCAGCGCUGUCGCGCCCUGAACGUUUACCUCGGGAUGUCCGAAUCGGAACAAUGGGAAUUAUUGGCAUACUUUCCUGACAUCAGAGUCCUUUCGGUUCGCGGAUCUCUGGAGCGCCCGAUCCAGGUCACGGAGCCCGCCAUCGUAUUCCGGAUUCCUCUCUUCAAACAUUUACAGCGCCUAUGCCUCAUGAGGUUGGACAAUGACCACGUCACGACGGUUGCGGAAUGGUUAAUGUUACAAUCGGAAGCAUACAACGGCUUACAACUGACGCACGUCAAGAUCAGGACAGCUCUAGGAAUGUAUCGCCACGAGGUAUUACACCUCGUUCGCGCUCUGCAUUCCGCGCCGUUGCAAGUUCUUUAUCUGGAAGGCUUGGACUACAUCGGCGCCGAGCUGUUUGAAAGUCUCGCCCUCUCAACGCCAAAUGUUGAGGCGCUGACUCUCAUCUAUCGCGAUGGCCGGUUGCAACGCACACUCAAACCUGCCAACUGGCCGUGUACGACAUGGGAGCUCGCGUCGUGGCUCUCUCAGCUCGGUCGUCUGCAACAUUUCGGGUGCAACUUACGCAUACCCUACUACGAACCGACUACGCUCAACCUGCUUUACAUGGAGCUUGGUUUCCCGGAAACAUUACCUGGAGAUGACGGAUUCAGCAAUCCGGAGCGCGACCGUGUAUUCAAACAAGAAGAGACCGGGGCGACCGUUGCGAGGCUCUUCGCCGUACAUGCACCCAAUCUGCAAACGGUCCUAUUCUCUCACGGCGAGAGGGAAUAUGAUGUGAGGAGGAAGGGGAGUCGUGUAUGGGCACAAGCUCGUCGCCCGUACUCCGGAUGGGAAGAGGUCGAAGAGUACGAUCCAGAUGAUGGGUGGGAUACCAUAGCCUCUCCGGAAGACAAUUGA